AUGAGCUCUUUCGAUCUCAAAGUGUGGAUCAGCUGCGAGGUCAAGCCACUUCAGCAACAUCCUGGAGGAGAGACUACAAGGGGCAGAUGUUACAGACUGACUGCAUUGUGCUUGCUGCUGCUGUGUGUUCUCCUGCUGACUGCCAUCAUAGUGCUGUGGAUCAAAUUCAACAACCAUAGUAAAGAAAAAGUCAAGUUGGAGACCAGAUACAACACCCUGACUGAAGAGAGCGAGAAGUUACAAACCAGAUACAACACCCUGACUGAAGAGAGAGAGACGUUACAGACCAGAUACAACACCCUGACUGAAGAGAAAGACCAGUUACAGACCAGAUGCAACACCCUGACUGAAGAGAGAGAGACGUUACAGACCAGAUACAACACACAGACUAAAGAGAAAGACCAGUUACAGACCAGAUACAACAGCCUGACUGAAGAGAGAGAGAGGUUACAGACCAGAUACAACACACUGACUAAAGAGAAAGACCAGUUACAGACCAGAUACAACACACAGACUAAAGAGAAAGACCAGUUACAGACCAGAUACAACACCCUGACUGAAGAGAGAGAGAAGUUACAUAGCAUUUGUAAACUGGGAUGGGCGUGUUUCAGCUCCAGUGUUUACUACAUCUCUCAUGAUGAGAUGAACUGGGCUGAUAGCAGAGAGUACUGUAAAAGGAAAGGAGCAGACUUGAUGAUCAUAAACAACAAAGAGGAACAGGAGUUUAUCAAGACAUAUCUGGGCAACAGACAUGCUUGGAUUGGUCUAAGUGACACAGAUGCAGAGGGCAGAUGGAAAUGGGUGGAUACUACACGUCUGACCACUGCGUACUGGCAAAGUGGGGAACCGAAUAAUUUAGGUGAUGAAGACUGUGUAGAGAUUUUUGGUAAUCAACUAAAAAAAGGCUGGAAUGAUCGUCAAUGCUCAGUGAAAAUGUUAUGGAUCUGUGAGAGAUUGUCAGGUAUUAAUUAGAGUAAGUGGAACAUUUAAAAUGAUAUUUACAAAUCAAGCAGAAUUCUUGACAUUGUUUAUUUUACUUUUUAUUCUAUGCAAUGCUUAAAGAUACUUAAACAAUUCUUAAAGAUGCUUUUAUUGCAUGUGUAACGGCAUCCACCACACCUUCCCCUCCUUGCCACCAGGGGGAGCCUGAGUACACUUCAGGGACACUCGGUUAAUGGACUUAAUUUCCACACCCUCGUCACAUAUGCUUCAUGAAGUACUGUCAGUUUACCUGCAUACCAGUCUUUUUUCCAUUGUUCUGAUUUGGUUUCUUUGUUUCUUAGUUUCUGUUAUUUCAAUUUUGCACUGUUUGAUUCUGUCUUUCUCAUUUGUUUGCCAUCCUGGUUUUCGAACUCUGCCUGUUUGUCAUUCUCCUUUUGUUUUGGAUUGUAUGCUCAUGUUUUUUAAUAAAACUAUGCAUGCAUUAGCUUCUGCCUUAUAAAAUAAUAUUU